CACACUCUCACACACACACCCUCUCCUCUGCCUUCAGUCUGGUCUAAGCGUGCAAGAGGCAGCAUGUGUGAGUAUGUGCUGUAAUGUGUGUGUGUGGAGUCCAGGAGACGUCUCACGGAUGCGAGGAUUCCCCUGUUUGCUCUCGGAGAGGAUCCCAGCUGCUUUUAACCACCACAGGGAAUUAGCUGUUACUCACGCAGGAAAACACCGGGAGCUUAAGCAAAGGGACACCUGACACCUCCGUUUGAGGAGGUGUAGAGGAUCAUGUGGUCGGUGAGAGAUGACUCGAUGAGGACCAAUUAAUGAUGUGGCUGCUCAACCAAAGCUGAAUCAUGGGAAACGCCGAAAGUCAAAACGGGGACAGUGGUUUCUACGGCGAUGUGACGGCGCAUCUCUCCCGCAAGCACACGUCCAGGUCACUCCGCAUCUCCAGCAAGCAGCCGGUCGCCCGCCGCCCUCGCCACUCUUCUUCAGUGAAGCAGGAGCACAGAAACUCGGAUGCCUCAACGCGCUCCUCCAGCACCCCGAGCAUCCCGCAAUCCCUGGCGGAGAACGGACUGGGAGCUUUUAACGCCGCGGAUGCAUUUGGAGAGUUCGGCAUCAACCCUCACUGGACGCAGCGCGUCGCUAUGACAAUGAGGCCGGAGUCCUACCAACAAGACGACGACCCGUUGGCCACGCCGACCCCUGAAACCUCGGAGGCGGACACCGUCGCUCCGGCCGGUGGAGAGGACUCCAUGGGGGAGGAGGAGGAGGAGGAGGAGGAAGAGGAAGAGGGUGACGUUGUCGGGGAGGAACGGUACCUCCAGAGAAUGACUGAGGGUCCACGGGAGGGAGGGAGUUUUAAAAAGAAGAGGUCCAAGUCAGCGGACAUGUGGAGGGAAGAUAGCUUGGAGUUCUCCAUGUCGGACCUGAGCCAGGAGCAUCUGACCAGUACUGAGGAGAUGAUAGGUGGAGGAGAAGAAGAAGAGGAGGAGGAGCAGUUCGCACGGCCCAGAGGCAACGCAGGCUCCGCUGAAAGGGCAUCGUCUCUGGACCAUCUGUGCAGCCAGCAGAGUCCCGGCCUCAGGGGGCAGAGGAGCCGCUACGCUAAAAACCGGAGAGAAGCCCCGUGCGAUGGGGACGGGGGAGGGGACGAGGGGUUGAUGUCUCCCAGCGAGGAGGAUGGUGGCGGGUACGGAGCGUUCACGCUCCCCUGCCGACGCUCCCACUGCCUGUCGGAGGGCCUGGCGGGGCUGGGGGCCCCCGCCGCCCCGUGCCCCGGUUUCCAGGGACGCCGUGCACAAACUACCCAGGACAUCUCAGGGGUUUUGGGCGAGGGAAGCGAGUACGGCGACAGUGGCAUCGACGGCGUCGCCACGGAGAUAGACGGGGACGGAGAGCUGGUGUCUCGCCGCUGUAAGGCCAUGUCGGCCUCCUUCUCCGUCUACUCGGCUACUGAGAGCAGCCUUUUCAACGGGAGCGACAGCGGGAGCAGCAGCGCAGGAGGAGGAGGAGGACGGGCAGGCGAUGGGGGCAGGGGAGGCGUGUAUGAGAAUUUCCGAAAGGAGCUGGACAAUCAAGCCUGGACACAUCAGGGUCGUGACUGCGCCGAGGAGGCUGCAUCUGCUGUGAGCGACGAGCGGAGCAGCUGCACACUGAGCGGUGCGUAUCCAUCGGACAUUCCCAUUGGCUGCGCACAAGGCAUCGUCAGGAAGGCAGGAGCUCUGGCUGUGAAGAACUUCUUGGUUCAUAAGAAAAACAAGAAAGUGGAACCUGCAACCAAACGCAAGUGGAAACACUACUGGGUCUCUUUGAAAGGCUGCACUCUUUUCCUGUACGAGUCAGACGGUCGUUCCGGGAUCGACCACAACAGCGUUCCCAAACACGCAUUGUGGGUGGAGAACAGCAUUGUCCAGGCCGUACCUGAGCACCCCAAGAAAGAUUUUGUCUUCUGCCUCAGCAACUCAGUGGGAGACGCUUUCCUCUUCCAGACGUCGGGCCAGACAGAACUGGAGAACUGGAUCACAGCGAUCCACUCCGCCUGCGCCGCUGCUCUGGCUCGGCAGCACCACCGGGAGGACACAGUUCGGCUUCUGCGGACCGAAAUCCGCAAACUGGAGCAAAAGAUCGACAUGGACGAAAAGAUGAAGAAGAUGGGAGACAUGCAGCUGUCGACAGUCACGGACGCCAAGAAGAGGAAGACCAUUUUGGAGCAGAUCUUCUUGUGGGAGCAGAACUUGGAGCGUUUUCACAUGGAUCUGUUUCGCUGCCGGUGCUACCUGGCCAGUCUGCAGGGCGGCGAACCCCCCAACCCCAAACGGCUGCUAGGCUUCGCCUCGCGUCCCACCAAGCUGGCCAUGGGACGACUUGGCAUCUUCUCCGUCUCCUCCUUCCAUGCGCUGGUGUCAGCUCGCACUGAAAGCAGCAUCAGGAGGCGGAACCAGGCCAUGCCUCGGACCUUCAGCAAACGGCGUAGCCGGUUCUCGUCCCUGUGGGGGCUGGACACCACCUCAAAGAGGAAGAGCAAGGGACAUCCUUCACUCAACCAGGUCUUCGUUGAUGGGAUGGAGCCGGUGAAAAAGCCAUUGGAGCGCAUGUUUGAAGACUCAGCCAGUGAGAAAUCUAAGGAGAAAGAGGCCUCUGUGAAAAAUCUGCCUCAGCAGAACAUAGACAGCGACAUUUGGGUUCCUGAUUACCUGGCUCCCUCCUGGGUGUGUCUGCCCAACAAUCAUCCCGUCUUGGCCAUCGUACAGCCCGGCGAGACAGCGCUGGAAGUCCUGAGCAGCGUCUGCAAGACCCAUAAAAUAGACUCUUCCAGCCACUACCUGCGUUUGAAAAUGUGGAUCGACAACCGAAUACUCUUUUAUGUUCCCAAAAUUGAAGAGGAUAUUUCUGAUCUGCUCUACAAAGAGAUUGAGGUUCGCCCCAAAGCUACCAAGGUGAUCCGGUUCGACAAAGCAGAGUCCAGCGCCAUCGGAUUUGGCUUUUCUGUGGCAGUUAUCGAUGAGGAGGGGACACAGCAGCUCCAUAUUACUGAAGUGAAAGCAGAGGGACUGGCCGCCGCUAAAGGUUUAAAAGCAGGCGAUGAGAUUCUGCUGCUGAACGGCAAACCCGCGUCCGCCCUCCAGAUGGACGAUAUGAGGGCGGCGUUUGUAAACCAAGCGCUGACCUUGAGCGUCAGCACCCUGCCCCAGCUGGACCCUCGCGUGCUGUGCUGCCUUCCUCCGCGGCGCUCCGACGGGGAGCAGGACCCGGCCACUGACAUCUUCUCCCAGAGCCAAGAGGACAUCCUGGAUGAGGUGUCGGGGUUGACGGUGGAGAGCCCGGAUGACAGUUUAGAGGAAGCAUCUCCUCUGACUCUGAGAAGUCCUGAAGAUCAUCAGGAAGACAAAACGCGCGUGUGGACCGGACAAAAGAGCACGGAGCAGGUCACCGCUUUCUGCCGCAGUCUCCAUGACAUGAAUCCCCUGGAGCGCCCUAUGUCAUCUUCCUCAUCUUCGUCCUCGUCAUCCCUCUCCCCGAGCCCCGUGUCAGCUUUACCGCCCGCGGCGGGCAUCGCCACCCAGAGACAGCUCUCCCACGCAGACAAACUCCGCAAGGUCAUCAAUGAACUUGUGGAGACGGAGAAGACAUACGUCAAAGACCUGAGGUGCCUCAUAGAGUGCUACUUAACACCUCUGCAGAAAGAGAGCUUCCUUACACAGGAUGAGCUGGACGUUUUGUUCGGUAACCUCGGGGAGAUGGUGGAGUUCCAGGUGGAGUUUCUGCAGACACUAGAAGAUGGGAUCAGACUGGUGCCAGAUCUGGACCGAUUGGAAAAGGUGGCGCAGUUUAAGAAAGUGCUGUUCUCCUUGGGAGGUUCAUUCCUGUAUUAUGCCGAUCGCUUCAAGAUCUACAGCGCCUUCUGCGCCAGCCACACCAAGGUCCCCAAGGUCCUGGCUAAAGCGAAAACCGACCCAGAUUUCAAGGCUUUUUUGGCUGAGAGGAACCCGAGACAACAACAUUCAUCCACUCUGGAGUCUUACUUGAUCAAACCCAUCCAGAGGGUCCUGAAGUACCCGUUGCUGCUCAGGGAGCUCCACUCACUCACUCACCCUGACAGCGAGGAACACUACCACCUGGACGUUGCUAUGAAGGCCAUGAACAAAGUUGCGAGCCACAUCAAUGAGAUGCAAAAGCUUCACGAGGAGUACGGAGCCGUUUUCGACCAGCUCAUCAACGACCAGACUUCAGAUAAAAAAGAGGUGGCUGACCUCUCAAUGGGCGAUCUUUUGCUGCAUUCUACUGUGGUGUGGAUCAACCCUCCAGCCUUUUUGGUCAAAAGCAAAAAGGAGCGUGAUAUGGCUGCUUUUGUGUUCAAAACAGCAGUUGUGUUUGUGUACAAAGACAGCUCCAAGCACAGGAAAAAAAUAGGUGGAACUCACCGAGCAUCUGUGAUAGAUGACAAAGAUCCUUUCCGUUUCCGUCACAUGAUCGCAACUGACUCUCUCCAAGUUCGUGCCCCUGCAAACUCGGAGGGCACAGCCGUAUGCGAGAUAGUUCACACGAGAUCUGAAUCCGAAGGAAGACCAGAGGCAACCUUCCAGUUGUGCUGCAGUUCUCCAGAUAGUAAGAAGGACUUCCUGAAAGCAGUCCACUCCAUCCUUCGGGAAAAGCAGCGUCGCCAGCUUCUUCAAACGGAGUCUCUGCCGCCCAACCAGCGGUACGUCCCGUUCGGGGGCAAACGUCUGUGUGCCCUGAAAGGAGCGCGGCCCGCCAUGAACCGAGCAGCAUCAGCUCCAUCACGCAGGCUCCCCCGCAGGAAACAGGCGAGGAACCGCUUCACCAUCGACACCGACCUGGUCCGCCAUGGCAACAACAACAACAACGGCAACGACUCGGAUCCCUCUUACCCGCCUCUGUCGCAGCACGCUCUCCCUCAGUCGAACAAACCUCAAGGAGAGGACACGGACCGCUGGGUGGAGGAACAGUUUGACCUGGGUCGCUACGAGGAACCGGGCGACAGCAUCAACGUGGGGCAAAUGAAGGAGACGGACAUCCUGAGCGACGACGACGACUACUGCAAGUCGGUCCGAGCCGCUUCGGCGGAACCGGACCGCCUGGAGGGGAGGAUGGAGGGACUCGACCUUCGGGUGAACGAGGCGAGGGGCCACAACCUGAACGGAGGAGCAGGAAGCGAGGUGAUGCUGAGCGGCGCGCCGGAGGAGGACGUCGACCGAGUGAAGCCCGGGGAGGAUUCGGGUUCUCGUGGCGUCUCUCUGUCUCGCUGCGCGACCCCGACUGUAAAGCUUGGCCCCUUGAAGCAGUGUGUGGCGGAGGGGGCCACGAGUAAGAGCCGUGAUGUCAUCUGGGUGCGGCGGGACAACUUUGCAAACGGCUGCAAAAGUGACGUUUUCUGAUUUUAUGAAUGAAAAGAAAACGAUGCGCAGAAAGGAGACUAAGAGCGGCUUCUUCCACUUUUACAUGAAGUAGGAGGGCCAAAACACGCAGGGGAAGAUUAGUUACAAGCUUUAAAUACGUUGAAUUUGGAGGUAUUUGUGUAAGGUAUUAAUGAUCUCCCUGUGUCACUCAACAACCCUCCUCUUCCCAUCUAACCUGCAUCUCCUUUUGUACUGACAAUCCUAACGUACCGAAACACAGCGAGUGAGGAGAAGUGAAAUGUGCUCUCAUCCCCGACUCCUUAAGGGUGAAGCCGAAAGAAGACCUGGUCGUCGAGAUAAACAAACACACACACCUGCAGAAUUGUAUAUGAACACAACAGCACUGCAUGUGCACGCCAGUCCACAAGCAACUGUACGUACACUGUAGGUGCAUAAAGUACACAGCAGCUCACGCUGUACUGAAGACACUCUGAUGUUGUGGCCAAAAUGUCUAUUUUUUAACACAGGAAUGUGGGUGUUAUAUUUUUUUGACACAAAAACUGCAUUUGUAUUUUAACACUCAAGGGCUGUGUUUUACUGAACUUCUCUUCAGGGGCUUUUGGCUUAAUGACUGCUGUGUAAGAAGAUGGCGAGAUGAUCGAACUAGCUUUAUUGUGCAUUUUUAUUGUUUUUAACUAAAUAUCAGCUGCACAUUGGUGUGUCGUCAGGAGCACAAUGAAGUGCUUUUUGACAUUUUGAAGCUCACUUUUGUGCCCUAGGCUACUCUUUUACAAGGCAGUCUACCAAUUCUUUAUUUAAUUAUUGUCUUUUUACUCUAAUUAUUUGAUGUUUACACCACACUCCGCUACGCAGUGUUACAAACCACUUUAUGUGCGUUUAGUGCCAGAAACAGGCCAGAGAGUCAUCAGCUUCCCAUAAAUACCCAGUCUCUAAUGAUGUUCCUCAUAUACCAUGCCAUAGUUAUUUAGUUAAAUAACCAAUUUCAUUAAUAGAUUGGGUCUACUCUCGCCCCAGAGGCCAUGGUCUCAUCAUGCCCCUAAACCUUGAACCUUAAAUCCUUACAAUAUCAAAAUAAUUCUCCCAACAAUCCUGUUUUACUCAAUGCAGCCAUGUGAGUGAUUGUACUGGAACUCCAGAGAAAAAGUCGUACGGUUGACUUGUGAUCCAGACAUCUUCUCUCUCCAGCUGCUUUUACCUUUUGUCAUGUCAAGAAGCAUCACAACCACGGACAAGUUGGCUAAGACUUUACAUCCAUGAUGAUCGUUACCGUAUUUACGCUUUCCCCUCCUGCAUUUCUUCACUUGUCCACCAGGCUGCGCUGUUUCAUUUAUCAUCACAACAACGCCCUGGUUGCAGGGCGCAACCUUCAUGCACACCUAAAUGGAUGUAUUGAACAUGCACUUAAUACUUAACUGUGAGUGACUCUCAGAGAAAAUCUUGCUCCAAGUUGUUUGGUCAUUUGAGGAAAAUAAUACACUUUGGAUGUUAUUGUCUUUUUAACUAUGAUGCUGGUUUCUUUAGAGUUUUAGUUUUCUGGAUGAUGAUGCCCAUCAUGGACGCUCAGACUGUGAGACACAAUCACCUGGCCUUGGAGGCAAAUCCUGUGAGAACCCCCUUUUAAACUCCUCCCUUUGUAUUUUUAAAACUGUGUUCGUACAUAAAACUGUGGAGUAUUAUCAUUCCUAUGUUUAAAAUAAAUUUUCUAAAUUUA